GGUACCGCGUACUAUACAUACGUAUGACUACUACGUAGGUACUUCCUCCUUCCAUGGCCCAUAUUAAUUGAGCAUCAUUCUGUACAUGAGCAACCGAUUGGAGAAACAAGGCUUGACGUGUCACUUUCAGAACUUUUAUAUUUUCCAGGGCACAUCCGCUUCAGCUAAACUUGUAAUGUAAAUGACAAGUCUCUCUUGCAAUCUACUUUCGUACGCUGUAAGUCAAAUUAUACUCCUGGUAAAUACCAGUACAACGAGCCAUCUGGUCCCGAUCUUGGUGGUGACCAAUAAGUACUAUUUGGAGAGGACUGAGGAUUUACAUCACCGCCUUCUACUAUCAUCUGGGACCUGUGUCUUGGCGUUCGUAUACCGUCACGUCGCAAUUUUGCCCAUCCUCACAUCUCUCAUUGAUGGACAUUCCGGUACCCGAGUCGACCUUCGCUGUUGCAUCGUCGGAGUAAGCCGAAUAUUACUAGGAAAUGAAGAGCGAAUGCACGAGCCACAAUCUUCAACUCCAACAAACGGAAUAAGGCAGUGCUGCUGACGUGGUGGACAGUGAUAUAUAAUUGUAUGCAAAAUUGAGGAAUCUCAUUGAUUGUACCAAGGGUGAAAACAAACUUGAUUACCACCGU